CCUGCGUACGCUGGUGUGUGUGUGAGUGGGGUCAUCCUGUUGGAAACACCAUAGCCCCACUAAUAUCACAUUUCUAAACAGUGUGUGAAGCCGUUGUAUUAGAUAGAGUAAUAAUUAUCAUACAGUGUGUACACUUAACGCUAAAAUUUUGUAUUAUAAAUAAGCAUAGUUCAUUCGGCUUCGAGUUUGUAUCUUUGGAUGUAAUAGCAGAGCAGGCCGCUUUGUCUUUGUUUGGUGGAGUAUACAAGAUCAGCUUUGGAUCCAUAUAGUUGCUGGGGGGUUUAGAGGUCAUAAUGGAAAAUGGUUUUUCAGCACCAGGUACCAUUUUGGGUGCUCUGCCUAAUUCAGCUAUGGAACUGGACCUCUUCGAUGAACUUUUUCAAGAUAGAUGCUGGUUGGAAGCAACUGAGGGACUUGAACUCCUUCUUCAAAGUCCCUCCAGUUCUGGUUCAGUCUUAGGCCCUUCAUUUGUAUGGCCUGCUUUUGAGGCUCGUGACAAUUUGAGCCUGAACCCAUCUCAAACGGGCAAUCUAGAUGAGGCACAAAGACCAUUGCCUGAUGAAAGUCAGGAAAGAAGUCUAGUCAAUGCUGUAUCUCUUGGACAGAAUACGGUUGAUGUUGUUGCUGGGUGUUUUAGUGAAUCAGAAAAUAUUGUGAUUAAAGGUCCUAAACUAGGUAGAAGGCUGUGGAUUGCACCCAACAUGAAUCAAGGUCUCACAUAUUGUGUAGAAGAGAGACUAAUGAAGGCAAUUGAAUACGUUAGAGAAUUCACAAGAGGUAAAGAUGUUCUUAUACAGGUAUGGGUGCCUGUGAAUAGAGACGGUAGACGUGUUCUAACAACUAGUAAUCAACCUUUUGCAUUUGGUUCCAGUAAUCCAAGCCUUGCAAGUUACCGAGACAUCUCUGCGGAUUUUCAUUUUGCAGCUGAGGAGGAUUCGAAGGAGGUGGUGGGAUUGCUCAGUCGUGUUUUCUUGGGUAAGGUUCCUGAGUGGACGCCUGACGUUCGAUUCUUUACAAAGAAUGAGUACUUAAGAGUUGUUCAUGCUCAACUGUAUGAUAUCCGUGGAACUCUUGCCCUUCCAAUCUUUGAACAUGGUAGCAGUAAUUGCGUGGGUGUUAUUGAGGUUGUGAUGACUGCCCAGCAGACCAAGUAUGGCCCUGAGCUUGAAAGUGUUUGCAAGGCACUUGAGGCUGUUGAUCUUAGGAGUUCUGUUGCUUUGAGCACCGAGAAUCUAAAGGCAUGCCCCAAGUCCUACCAAGCUGCAUUACCUGAGAUUCAAGAGGUUUUGAGAUUCGCCUGCAAGACACAUAAACUGCCCUUAGCUCAAACUUGGGUUCCAUGCAUUCAACAAGGUAAAGUGGGGUGCCGGCACUCCAAUGAGAACUACAUUUAUUGUGUUUCCACUGUGGAUCAUGCUUGCAUAGUAGCUGAUCCCAAUAUGCAGGAAUUUCACGAGGCUUGCUCUGAGCAUCACUUGUUAAAAGGUGAAGGCAUUGUUGGGGAAGCAUUUAAGACCAAUCAACCACGCUUCUCAAGUGACAUAACAUCCCUAAGCAAGACAGAGUACCCUUUGUCUCACCAUGCAAGGUUGUUUGGGUUGCAUGCUGCUGUUGCAAUACACCUGCGAAGCAUCCACACUGGUACAGAUGACUUUGUCCUGGAGUUCUUCUUGCCCACAGAUUGCAGGGAUCUUGAAGAACAAAAGAACAUGCUUAAUUCAUUGUCCCGUAUCAUACAGCAGGUUUGCCGGAGCUUACGAGUAGUAACAGACAAGGAGCUAGAGGAGGAUACUAAUUUGCCAGUUAAUGGGACUGAGAAACUUAGUAGAGAAGAGAUAUUAAAAGAGAAGUGCUCUGAGUUUUGCCAAUCUCAUCAAGAUUCCAACUUAAAAGUAAAUGUUGAUUGUGGUGAAGAGUGUUCUAUGCAUGGUGAGGGUAACUUCCCAAGUGUGGGUAAGGCUAAAACAGGAGAGAAAAGACGCACCAAGGCAGAGAAAUUGAUCCCUUUGGAAGUCCUUCAGCAAUAUUUUGCUGGCAGUCUAAAAGAUGCCUCAAAGAGUAUUGGAGUUUGCCCAACGACUUUGAAAAGAAUAUGCCGACAGCAUGGGAUUAACCGUUGGCCUUCUAGGAAAAUUAAGAAGGUUGGUCACUCCUUAAAGAAACUCCAGCUUGUAAUCGACUCAGUUGAGGGUGCAUCUGGUGCUUUACAAAUAGAUUCCUUCUAUACAAAGUUCCCAAAGCUAGCCUCUCCAAAUUUAUCAGGAACCAACCCAUUUUCAGCUUCAAAGCUCAGCGAUCAUCCACAGCCCAUUUUGCAGCCUGAAGGAGGCAUUUUCAGUCCUCAAACUGCUGCAUCAAAAUCACCCUACUCUUCAUGCAGUCAGAGUUCUAGUUCAAGUCAAGCUCCCACUGGGAACGUUGUUGGAUGCGAAGAUCCUAUAGUUGGAGAAAACUUUAGUGAUAGUGCACUACAGAGGAUCACAAGUGAAGCAGAACUGCAUGCCUCAAGUCAGGCACCAAAGCUGCAGCCAAAACUUGAGAGUCUUGUAUCUUUUAAUGAGCACCCUAGUGCCGAGAAUUUUCCACCUUUACAGAAAUUAAAAGUCACAUAUGGGGAUGAGAAAAUCCGUUUACGAAUGAAAAACAAUUGGGGAUACAAAGAUUUACUGCUAGAAAUUGCCAGUCGAUUUAAUAUAGAUGACAUAAUUAGGUUUGAUGUCAAGUACUUGGAUGAUGAAUCUGAGUGGGUCUUAUUAACAUGUGAUGAUGAUUUGGAGGAGUGUAUUGAUACAUGUCGAUCAUCACAGAGCGACACUAUCAAACUCGCCCUCCAAGUUUCUCGUCAUCAUGUUGGAAGGUCUUUAGGAAGCAAUGACACUUCUUGAUUGUAAGAUGGUCUUAAAGCAAAUCAAUAAGGUCUUUAGAAGUUCAAGUUCAAAAUGGUUGCAAUCCUGCCAUUACUUCUUGGUUUGUGUUUGUUAGAUAUAUUAGGACCCUUGGGUUCAAAUCUGUUGUAAAGCUCAUUUUUGUAAGAUGCUUGAUUUGA